GAGUCUUCUUCUCUUCUCUUACCACUCGCGGAUAAGAAGGCGCAACGCCCAACCAAAGCCCUCUCCGCUCAAAACCCCACCCCACGCGAGCUCCCAUCAUGGCGACCACCGCCGCCGCAUCCUCGUCGCUGACUGCCCCUCUCCUCCGCCCGAACACGAACACCACACCCACCCCCAAAUCCUUCCCAUUCCGCAGGAACAGGAGGUGCGCUCGCGCCGUGACCGCCGCGGCCUCCGUCAGGGGCGCGAGGCCUUACGGAGCUGCACAGCGGCACGGGAUUUGGUCGAUCAGGGAUGACUUGGUGGUGCCGAGAUCGCCCUACUUCCCGGUGGAGUAUGCGGCGGGGCAGGAGCGCGGGCCGUCGCCAAUGGUGAUGGAGCGGUUCCAGAGCGUCGUCAGCCAGCUCUUCCAGCAUAGGAUUAUCCGUUGCGGUGGGCCUGUGGAGGAUGAUAUGGCAAACAUUAUUGUCGCCCAACUGCUUUAUCUUGACGCCAUCAAUCCCACUAAGGAUAUCAUUAUGUAUGUGAACUCACCUGGAGGGUCAGUGACAGCUGGGAUGGCUAUAUUUGAUACAAUGAAGCAUAUCAGGCCUGAUGUUUCCACUGUUUGUAUUGGACUAGCAGCAAGUAUGGGAGCUUUUCUGCUUAGUGCUGGAACCAAAGGAAAGCGGUACAGCUUACCUAACUCAAGGAUAAUGAUCCAUCAACCUCUUGGAGGAGCCCAAGGACAAGAGACUGAUCUUGAGAUCCAGGCCAAUGAGAUGCUGCACCACAAGGCUAACUUAAAUGGAUAUCUGGCAUACCACACUGGGCAGCCCCUGGAUAAGAUCAACGUAGAUACUGACCGUGACUACUUCAUGAGCGCGAAAGAGGCAAAGGAGUAUGGCCUUAUUGAUGGAGUAAUCAUGAAUCCCCUUAAGGCCCUUCAACCGCUUCCAGCUUCCAGUUAGAAAUGAAGUGCUCAACCCCUACGAAACAUUUUAGCUGUAUCUCUUAGAACUGGGUUUUUAUUAGCCUGGCUUAGAUGGUGUUGUAAUUCCGCAUCCUGAGGUUUCAAACGCUGUACAACACGAGACUACGACUAGGAUACCCUUCCUUCACGAAUCACGAUAGAUAUUGGAAUUGGAUUAGGUACUUAAUUCGUCAGUUUUCGCCAUGCAUGGAGCCCUGCUUGAGCGUGCUAUCAUCGCCCGGUUGCUGAUGCUGAGUUGGCAAGUUCUUCGUUUGAUACGGAGCUAUAUCUUCUGUUUUCUGGUGAUCCAAGAGGCAGAGAUCUAUAUGUAUGUUCUUGUAUCGAACAACUGUCCACGAGGUUAUUACACUCACCGCUAGUUCGUUAGAGCAUCUUUAAUUGUUUAGAUAGUACAUGUCUAUAGACUAUACUAAAUAACUUCUCCAAUCGUCUAUCUAUAAAGUAAUCUUUUUAUAUUUUUAA